GCGCUCAAGAUCGUCGCACCGCGACCUCCCAGUGGCGCGUCAUUACGCGCGCGCGCGCGCGGUGGGGACAGGGGAGGAGUCAGGUGCGACACACCUGUGAAAGCUCACUCGUACGAUGGACGGUGCUCCGGCUGCGCGUGUUCCCCGGAGUUUGGAUACACAUGAUUUUUCUUUUUCGCCGGAUUCCCCUCCCAAUUAAUUAUGAAGACGGAGUGCAGCUGUGCCUCGCGCAGCCUGGGUUAGUGAGUCGCGGCUCCGGGCGGCUCGCGCUCGCCUCCCUCGUGCAUGCUGAGCUCCAACAGGUGGGAGCCGCCGGGUGCAGCGCCAUGGGGAACCAGGUGGAGAAACUGACUCACCUGAGCUACGCGGAGGUUCCCACGGCGGACCCGCACGGCGCGGACCCGGACGAGGACGCGCCGCGCAUCGGGGUCUCGUACAUCUUCUCCGCGGACGACGAGGAGCUCGAGGACGGCGGCGGCGGCGGCGACGGCACGGGUGGUGGCGGCGGCGGCGAGCGCGGCCAGGUCCAGGAGGAGAGGGAGCAGGAGGUCCAGUACGACCGGCACGACGAGCUCGAGUGCGCCGUCUACUACAAGGACGAGUGCGUGUACGAGCGCAGCGCCCGGAGCGCGGACGCGGGGACGCGCUCCGCCGAGAGCCUGCUGACGCGCUGCAGACCGGGGGACCUCCUGGAGUUCGUGGGCGCGGGCCAGUACCCGCACUGGGCCGUGUACGUGGGGGACCUGCGGGUGGUGCACCUGCACCGCGCCGAGGUCAAGAUGAGCUUCCUGGCGGACGCGAGCCAGGGCCGGAGGGGCCGCGUCGCGAACGAGCUGUACCGCUUCCGCGCGCUCAGCCCCGACGCCGUGGUGCAGCGCGCGCUCGAGCAGGUCGGGCUCAAGGAGCGCGCGCUCAGCUGGAGGAACUCGGAGUGCUUCGCCGCGUGGUGCCGCUUCGCGCGCCGCGAGUUCAAGAUCGGCGCCGAGCUCCGCAUCGGCAAGCAGCCGUACAGGAUGAAGCUGCAGCUGUCGGAGAAGCGCAGCCACGUGCUCGAGUUCCAGAGCCUCGAGGACCUCGUCAUGGAGAAGAGGAGGAACGACCAGAUCGGCCGCGCCGCGGUCAUCCAGGAGCUCGAGAACCACCUCAACUGCGCCGAGGAGAGCAGGAGCGAGCGCGGUGCCAAGUGAUGAUGGACUCGGACCGGGACCGGGACCGGUGGGGGGGGGAUGGUCAGAGCUGAGUUGAGUUGAGCUGAGGACCGAGGGAUUAAAAAGAUUAGGUUGUCCACCGGGAGACUGCUUCGCUUGGGUGAACCCCUGGGCCGGGUAGACUGGUGUCGGGUUAGGGUUCGAACCCGUCGACUAGGGAGGGGUGACCGGUCCGGAGGGAUGAGAUGAUCGGGCUCUGGCCGAGGGGCCGGGAGAACGUCGAUUGUCACGGUUGAACCCGUGCGCCGGGACUCCGGUCAGCGACCUCCCCCUAUUUGGGGAGGGGUCGAUAAGAUGCCCUAUGGGGUCGAGUCCCCCGCGGCCUCACGACUGUCUUAACCUGGACCGAUGACUGUGCUCGGCCGUGACUCCUCGGGACCGUGAAGAUCGACGUGGGGGGGAUGGUUCUCGACCCCAACCAGCCGUGUGAGACUCAAUCAAUGGCCUUGGUACUCGAGGAGCCCAAACCAUCGUUUUCAUGACUAUUCUGUGAAUAUUUUGAUCAGAGAGACUCUCCUUUGUAGUUUUCUCCACAGCCUCUUGUUACUUAAUGGGCGCCACAUAUUUAGAGCACUUUAAUUGACUAAUAAAUUAUAUUUGAACAA